AUGUCGACGAUCAAAAAACGAAAAGCCGACGAAGAUAACCAGCAAUUAUCUUCGAAAUCACCAAAUAAAAAGAACCGAUCUUUGACCAGUAAUGAUUCUAAUGCAUCGGACAAGUCGAAUUCUACGAUGUUUCCACCGUUAUGUGCACCAACGUCACAUUCAAAUCAAUCAUCUUCAUCCGCUUCUUCACGCAUAUGGAAUCCAGUUGAUGGCUUAGAUUCUACGACGUCUUUCAGUACUAAUGGUCAGUUUGCAAUGGCAACAGUAGAUCAUUCAUCGAUGAUGUACAAUCCUAAUCAUCAAAACGCAAAAGACGUUGAUAUCGGAUGUAAGCGAGGAGUGUCCACACCAACAAAUUUCAUGCAAACACCUGAGAAGAAACCGAAAAAUAACCUAUCACCUGCUUUGCCAACACCCCCGCCAUCGACGGACAAUCAAUCUAAAGCUUUGAAAAUGAUGGCAAAAAUGGGUUUUGACAAAACACGUGGUCUUGGUCGUAAUGCUCAAGGCCCAACACAAAUCGUUGAAGAGAGUAAACAAAAAGGUCAUCGUGGUCUCGGUUAUACUGUCGAAGGGUUCAACGAUGAAGCCGCUGAGUGGGAUUUCGAUACAGAUCCCGCUCCCGUUGAGGAAGAAGUUCAUUGGUGUCCUCCUAGUGAACAUACAGAAGAUCCUCUCAAUCUUGAGGAAAUACGUCAAUGGGUUGAAAUCGGACCGAAAAAGAAAGUCAUUGACGAUGAAGUGGAAUUUUGCGAUGGAGAAAUUCUUGAAGAUAUGCUCUCUGCAAAGACUGUUUUUGACAAUUUAGCACAAAAAGAAAUGGAAGAUGCGCGCGCACGUAGUAAUGUCUAUGAAACGAUCGGAGGUUCAAUUUUCCAGAAUCGAGCGGCUGUUAAGAUGGCCAAUAUCGAUCAUGUAUUUCAUCGAAUGUUCACAGAUCCUCGAACACCAGAUAAUCAACGAUCGUUGAUCAAUUCUGACGAGCCUUUAUAUUUUGCGGAUGUCUGUGCUGGCCCCGGUGGUUUUAGUGAAUACGUUUUAUGGCGAAAACAAUGGUAUUCACGAGGCUUCGGUUUCACUUUGAAAGGCAAGGACGAUUUCAAACUGCGAAAGUUUAUUGCUGGUACACCUGAAACCUUCGAUACAUACUACGGUGUCAAUGGUCUCAGUGGUGAUGGAAAUAUAUACACACCGGAAAACAUUGAUGCUCUACAAAGUUAUGUAAAUAAAUGUACAAUGAAUCGCGGUGUACAUAUUAUGAUGGCUGAUGGUGGAUUUUCCGUUGAAGGACAAGAAAAUAUUCAGGAAAUUUUGAGCAAACAAUUAUAUCUAUGUCAAUUUCUAACGGCUUUGACAAUUCUGCGGCCAGGUGGUCAUUUCGUCUGUAAAUUAUUCGAUAUAUUUACUCCAUUCAGUGUUGGACUUAUCUACUUAAUGUACCGAACAUUUCAUCAUGUAUCUUUACAUAAACCAGUGACUAGUCGACCUGCAAAUUCAGAACGAUAUAUCAUUUGCAAAAGUCUUCGUGGUAGUGUUCGGGAUAUUGUUCGUCCAUAUUUGUAUGAGAUUAACCUGCUACAGAAUAAAUAUUCAAAUGAAUCGGAGCCGAAUGAUGUUCAAUCGAUUGUUCCAAUGAACAUCUUGAAAGAAAACGAAAGAUUUUGUGAAUACAUUCGAAAUUCCAAUGAUCAAAUGGGUUUGAAUCAAAUACGAAAUUUGAAGAAAAUUCGUGCUUUUGCAAGUAAUGCAGCAUUGCAAGACAUGCGUCAGCACGAAAUCCGUUCACAAUGUCUUCAAUACUGGCAGCUACCCGAUGAACCGCGACAAAGACCAAGAGAUCUCCAGCUGGUUGACGUAAAAAAUAAUCUUUUCUACCAACUUGAUAGUGGUAUGGAAAGUAUCAUUGUAAAUCUGCCGAAUCCUCUGAAAAGCUCCGUACUUGAAGCACAACGAAUCCAAUCCUUAUUUGAUUACCGAUGUGUACUUUCAUUAGGUGAUCCGGUCUUACUCUUGUCCUGUGGUCGAGACUUAGUUUUUGUUAUGGACUUGAGGUCACCGAACAAAUCGUGGGAACGACUAGGACCUAAAUUCAAAAUUGAACUACCAGCGCAUACGUUGUUACUUGCUGAGCGCGUCGAAGAGCACGCGAAUGAUACUAGAAGUAAUCGUCCGAAAGCAACGAUCUACGUUAUCGACGCGUAUUUUAUCGGAGACCAAAAUAUGCUCAUUCAAAACGGCAGACCAGUGAUACUCAUGGAUCGUUAUCGCACGCUGAAAAUCUUCGAAAAAGCAAUUAACAAACCAGUUCGCAACGAUCUUGCACCUAUUCGGAUCAGCGAACAAUUUCGUUUGGAACAAAUGGAUAAUCAACUUCAAAAAUUAUGCCUAUCUGGUACAUUGGACCACAUCGACUCUGAAAGAUUAUAUUUUACCAAUACAGAAGUGGAAAAUCGACCACAUGUACCGGUGCGUGGUUUGUGGAUCUUCAAAUUCGUUCAACAUCCGUGGACAAUUUUACUGAGUAAAUCAACACAACAGAAAUAUUUCCAUGAUCAUACCAAACGAACGUCUGUCUUUGAACAUCCGCAUGAUUCUUCUCAUGUCGCGUCCUUAAGAUCAACUCUGGAAAAUAGUUUCUAUUGGGAUUUCAAUGGUCGUAGUGACACGUUGACAAAAUCAGCCUUCAUCGCAUUUAUUCGGGAGAAAAAUCACGAAACACAAGUUCAACAACGUCCUAACCAUCACUCUGCUCCUCAUUCCCAAUAA